AUGGAGUCAAAAACCGGCGGCUACAUUGCGUCCCUCCUCCGCCCCAUUAUCAAGAAAGUGGGGCCCGAAAACGGAGUCGCCCUUUGCAUGGACGGGGGCUCCAACUACGGGGCCGCCUGCAAGGAGCUGAUGGCGGAUUGGCCGCACAUCGAGUACGUGCCGUGCGCUACGCACGUGCUCGACCUCCUCGUGGAGGACGUGGGCAAAAUCAUGUGGUGCAAGGACAUUGUAGAUCGGUGCGGGGACAUGAUCACCUACGUCCGCAACCACCAUUUCACCCGCAAUUACCUGAGGAGUGGGGCGGUGAAGGGAGGAAAGGGAAAGCAGCUUGUGAAGCCGGCGGGGACUAGGUUCGGCACCAACUACAUCGCCCUCUCCAGGCUCGUCCAGCUGCGGUCCACACUGUCGCAGAUGGUGCUGAGCGAGGAGUACGCCAACUGGCAAUUGCCGACAGGAGGCCGUGAAGGCAGGCAAGCACUCGAUGGUGCAGUGGUGGUGCAGUGGCACGGGACUGACCACCCCCACCUGGCCAGCCUUGCGUGCCGUGCCCUGACACAGCCGGUGUCGGCCUCGCUGUGUGAGCGCAGGUGGGCAUCGUGGGAGUCAGUGCACACUGCCCGCCGCAACAAGCUAGGCUCGGAGAAGCUCCGAGACCUAGUUUUUGUGACCCACAACUGGCAUGUGGUCCACAAGUACCACAGGAGGGGUGAGUCACUGGCAGUGCUUCCGAGCAACAUCCCUGAACCCGCUCUGCCGGAGGGAUACAACAAGGAGGAGAAAGGGGAGGAGGAGGAGGAGGAGGAGGAGGAGGAGGAGGAGGAGGAGGAGGAGGAGGAGGAGGAGGAGGAGGAGGAGGAGGAGGAGGAGGAGGAGGGGGAGGGGGAUGAAGCCGUGCUGGCCGAUGAGUACCCCGACCCCAGAGUGUUCCGUAUUCGCCUGGUCCGACGAGCACCUCCUACCUCUCCUCACUUUGACUCUCUGACUCAUCACAGCCCCCCUCCCAUCAUGUUCCCUCUCCCAUAUUCCUCCCCUCACCUUCCCUCCGUCCGUCCUCCCGCCAUCUCACCCUGCUGUCCCACCCGUCCCCCCCCAGCCCGCCCCGAGCAGCGACCGGCCCCAAGCAGCAAGUAUGUGGUGUUUGCCUACUCGCACGAGCACCUCUCCAACUCGCGCUCGCACCUCGUGGAGGCAGCGUGCAUCGCGCACGCCACCAACCACUUCCUCGGGCUGCCCAAGGUGGGAUGUUGUUUUGCUGCCCAAGGUGGCGCAGGCAUCUGUCCAUGGCGCUCUCGCAUGUACCAGCUGCCGCUCUCGUGUAACCUCAGCAUGCUCCCCCUGUCGCCCCAUCAUCCCACCCUUUCCCGACGGCCCUUGCCCCACCACAGGGCAGUCGCAGGCAUCUUUCACUCUGGUGUGGUGGGCGGUGGACAUGCCUUGCCGCUGUGUAUGGCAGUGGACAUGGGGCACGUGCCUACAAGGGGCAGCACUGUGGAUGUCACCAUGCCUGCUGCCUGUGACUCUGUGCUCACCUGCUUGCACUCAUUGCAGCACAAGCGAGUGGUGGUGUGGGUGAAGGACACGUGGGAGAGGGUGGCGGCGCAGAAGCUGAGGAGGGACGGCAGGCAGGCCAACGCGAGCAUGCUAGAGGAGAUGAUUGCGGGACUGGGGCCUUGCAGGCUGGAGGCAAACCUCGGGGAGGCGAGUCUGGGGGAGGGGAGCCUGGGGGAGGGGAGCAGGGGAGAAGCUGGAAAAGAGGGGGGGAGGCGGGCAAAGGGGCAGGGAGGCAGAGGUGGUGCAGACGGACUCGUGGGUGGGGGAGAGGAUGAGGGCGGCACCGCGGGACAGCCUGCGGUGGCUGAGGGAGAGCGUGCCUAG